AUGUAUGAUGUUAUAGUGAUAGGUGCUGGGGUAGUAGGACCUUGCAUAUCCACAGCUCUUGCAAGACAAGGUAAAAAAGUUUUGGUGGUGGAAAGAGAUUGGUCAAAACCAGAUCGAAUAGUUGGAGAAUUAUUACAACCAGGAGGUGUUAAAGCACUUAGAGAAUUAGGAAUGAUUCAAGCAAUAAAUAAUAUAGAAGCAAUAGAUGUAAAGGGAUAUUAUAUUCAAUAUUUUAAUCAACAUUUAAGUAUAGAUUAUCCAUUAAAAGAAGUUGCAGAAGUUACAAAUCCUAUAAAUUAUUUAGAGAAAGAAAUUCCAUUAAAACUGGAUAAUACAAUAAAUGUUGAAGAAUGGGAAAAAGAUUCAAGAGUUAGAGGAGUUGCAUUUCAUCAUGGUGAUUUUUUACAAAAUCUUCGAUCUAUCUGUAAGAAGGAAGUAGAUACAAUGGAAGGAACAGUUGUGAAAUUAAUAAAAAAAGAUGAUAUAGUGAUAGGAGUAGAAGUGAAGGAGAAUAAGAAUAAUACCACCAAAACCAAAAAAAUUUAUUCAAAACUUGUCAUUUCAUGUGAUGGAAUAUAUUCAAAAUUUAGAAAAGAAUAUUCAAAUAACAAUCCUUCAAUAAAUUCAUAUUUUAUUGGAUUAUAUUUAAAAAAUGCAAAAUUACCAGAAAAGAAUAAAGGUCAUGUAUUAUUAGGAAAUCAUGCACCUGUAUUAAUAUAUCAAGUAUCACCAAAUGAAACAAGAGUUUUAUGUGCUUAUAGAUCAAUAAAACCUCCUUCUUCAGCAAAUGAUGAAGUUUAUAAAUAUUUAAAAAAUGAUGUGUUACCACACAUCCCUAAGGAAACAUUACCUGCUUUUACAUCAGCAUUGGAGGAUAAAAAAUUUCGAAUAAUGCCAAAUCAAUAUUUAUCUGCAAAAAAACAAAAUCAAAAGGGGUUUAUAUUAUUAGGAGAUUCUUUAAAUAUGAGACAUCCAUUAACUGGAGGUGGAAUGACUGUUGGAAUAUCUGAUUCUGUAUUAUUAGCAAGAUUAUUAAAAUCAGUAGAUAAUUUUGAAGAUUAUGAUUUAAUAAAAGAUAAACUUUCAAUUUUCCAUAGAAAAAGAAAAAAUUUAGAUGCUGUUAUUAAUACAUUAUCAAUAGCAUUAUAUUCAUUAUUUGCAGCAGAUAAAAGAUCUCUCAAGAUAUUACAAUAUGGAUGUUUUAAAUAUUUUGAAAAAGGUGGUGAAUGUGUUUCUGGUCCAAUUGGUUUAUUAAGUGGUAUAUUACCAUUUCCAAUGUUAUUAUUUAAUCAUUUUUUUAGUGUUGCUUUUUAUUCAAUUUAUUUAAAUUUUAUAAAUAGAGGUAUAAAUUUCCCAUUAGCUAUUUGGGAAUGUUUUGAUGUUUUAUUUACUGCUAUUAUAAUUUUUACUCCAUAUUUAUGGACAGAAUUGGUACAAUAG